AUGAGGCGCAGAUCAUCAUUUUGUUGUUUGAAAUAGUGAUCUUUCAAGCCAGUAAGUUCUCCAGAACUUUACAACGCUAAACAUAUUCCUUAAAUUCCCGGAAACUCGGCCGCAGUUUUCUCAUGUUUGUUUGUCAUCUUGGUGAGAGGUUAAAAACACGCAUUAGCCUCGCAUUCAUACUCGUCCAAAGGAAAUAAGAUAAUAUUUCUCAGACUGAAGAGACCUGAAUGUUCUUGCAAUCAAGGAAAGAACAGGUCAAAUGUCCAUAUAUAUAUUUAAUUCCAAAAAAGCACGAAUGAGAGACAAAGUUUUAAAACAGCUGAGCAUGAAAAUAAACUAGAAAUACGUGAAUCAAAGAGCCUUGCGAAGCAGAGGUUAAGGUUCAGAAGUAGGAAGAAAGGGAAAGAAGCUUUUUUGAGAUUUUUUUGGAAAACAAAAGGGCAAAUACACAAUAACUUUGAUAAAUAGAAGUUCUUUAAUCUCAAUCCGCAUUCAGCAUAAAGUUGUUCUUCUUGUAGUGCUAACUGUAUUCGCGAUAGAUUUCUGAAUUUUCGUUGCUUUGGGUAAGAAUAACCUUUCAGAUAUGAGAUAGUCCGUCGGCACUCUUCCUCUAUUUGUGCGUCAACUUUCACAAAUGCGUUAGCGUAGCAUUCUAAGGUUAAAUUUGACCAGCAUUUUCUGCAGCGAGUUGUAUGGUCACGAUUGACCUCAAACUUGCAGAUAUCGAGAACUAGAGGGCUCUGAGGCUUAUUUGCUGAAGUCAGAAAAAAAAUCUGUCGUAGGAUUUCGAAGUUAUUUACAGUUCUAUUAAAAAUGUGAUUUUCGAACGAGUUUUUAUUUAGAACGGAUUACCUUAUUGUUGUUAAGAAAUAUUGCUUCAAGAUUAAAGAUUAUGAGAUUUUCUAACGGUAAAUUUAUUUGAAGUAACGAAUACUGACAUACCGUAAAAACCAAAGACAAAAGACGAAACCUUUAAUUAGCGGCUGGCUUCAGUUGUUUAUGCUUAAGGGGCAAGAUAUGCAUUUUUGUUUCAUUUUUCCCGGUAUAUUCCUCGUUCAGAAACAGCACACUUUCCUUUAAGAAUUACUCUUUGGAGUUUUAAACUGCGUAACGUCUUCUCAACGUAUAAUACUUGCGGUGAACCUACUUAGAACAUAUCUUCUUGUUACGUGUCCCAGCUAGCUGGUCAACCUCGUUCCCAGGGUUCCUUCUCUUGCUUCGAGAAAGAACCCUGGUUGCAGCAACACUGCGGCAAAACGCACUGUGCGUGAGCACAAAAUUUAACAUCCGGUCAGCUUUUUAUUUCCGGUCUAGUAAAUAAACCAAUUGCGUAAGCAUAACAUUGCCGUCGAGCCAAGUUUAAAAGCAAAAAGUGCGAAACAGACAAAAAAAGGGGGUGGAAAAAAAUCAUUUUAUAGCUGAUAUAUUUUCCUAAUGUCAAUUUUUUUCACCACAUGAUCAUCUGAUUGCACCAACGCUGCAAAUGAUGUUUGAAGUUUGUAGGUUGCGAGCGCUCUACAAGACGAAUUUGUUUUUACCGGCUUUCUUGCAUGCUACAGGUUUGGCAUAAGUUAAUUUGGGAGAAGGCGAUAACUAAGAAAAGAAUAACAAUAGUUAUGAAACUAACCAAAAUAAAGACGUCAUUAUUAUCAUUGACACUACAACCAGGAAAUGAAAGUUUAGUCCGUUCAAUAAUGUUUUUAUUAUCACGGAAAACAAGAACUUAAAACAAAAUAUGGGGGGGAUUUAAUAACAACCUCGACUUUGAUGACUGUAGUCACGAAUACCCGGAACUAUCGGGAGAAUCCCGACGAGAUCGGGGUCGUUGGACGGUCUGUAAUGUCUACUGAUUGUUUAAUAAACCAUUCGCGCUGGGUCGUAUAUCGAGGAAUGUAACGUAAUCCUGGACCAAAGGUCUAGAAUCUCUAUAAUCAUCUGAGUAAAUUUCUGACGACUUCGCAAGAAAUCAUACAGGGGAAGUUUUAUUUUGUUUUGGUUUGUUUUGUUUUUUUUUCUUUUUAACUGAAGACUCGAUUCUCGGGAAUGCUUUCAGUAUCAUAAAGUCUUCUUGGCAGUCAUUCUAAACAGUCAAUUAGGUGUUAAACAAACAACAUAUGACUGAUUAUGCAUUGGCGAGAGUCUAAAUGUUUGCCAUAACACUUAUUUACGACCAUAAUCAAUAUAUAAUAAUGCAGGAUGACUUUUAAAGGAACAGUGUCCCGAUUGUGCGCACGCGCGAGCGUCAUCUGUUUUUUCUUCAGAAGACAAUAGAACUGUCAUAUUGACUCGACAAGAUUUCCUUCCGGACCUCACCGCCGACGGAGAUUUGUUGUUUACAUUCUCAAGUAAUAUUUUAGAAAAAGUUUUCGUCUUAUUUAAAAUUUGGCUCGCCGCACGAAGACUCAUCGCGAUUUUUUCGCUAACAGGGCCUCCUCGCGACUCGAAAAUCUCGUUCCGUUCGCUCUAAAAACAGCUUUUCUAAUGUGAAACUAGUGUCAGAGGUCAAUUGUUCUAAGGCCCUUAAUAUUUGCCCGAUUUGCUCGCUUUCUAGCCUCAAACUUUUGAAAGAUACAAAUAAAAAUGCAAUCUCAACGCCAUGAAUUAUCGCAAAGGUUAGUCAAAAAUUACAUUAUGAUUCCAUUGCACUAGUUUUUCUAAACAUGUAGCGCCUGUUUGUUUGAUUUUUACGGCCGUAGGGAGGUUAAUUUAAAAGUUUACAAACGCGUCUUGCAAAACAUUCUGCUUCACGAAACUUGAUUCCACAAGAUCUCCUCAGUGACAUCCAUGCCCAGGGGGGUACUCGGGAUUUCAAGUGACGGGGAUGAUCGAAGGUUUUUUUGGGGUUUGAAAUUUUCGAUUCCGGGAUUUUUUUGGGUACGAAAAUUUGGCUUAGGUAGCUCAGGAUUUGGGUAGGGAUUUUCUGGGGGUAUUAAAAAGAAUCGGUUGUGCCCUGGCUGCGUAGUUCUGCGAAUAAAGUACAAACAAACGCGUUUUGCUCUUGUUUAGUAAUUAACUAUGGUGUCGCCUUACAUCGCACGUGUUAUACAAUAGUCUGCAGAAAUCGGCAUGGGAUUUUUUGGGGGUUAAUUUUUGGCCCAGGGAUUUUUAUGGGUUUUGCUGGAAGCCCUAGGGAUUUUUUGGGUCUUGACUUUUGGCUCCAUUCGAUCAUCCCCGUCACUUGAAAUCCCGAGUACCCCCCCCCCCCCCCCCCCCCCCCGCUCCCCCCCCCCCCCUCCCUCCCGCUGGGCAUCCAUGUCUCAAUAGUUUCUUUUUUUACAGUCUCUAUUGCUGCUGUUUCAUUUCUGCGUAUUCCUUUCACAAUUUCUUAGCUUGUAUGGGAGCUGGCAGAAGAAAUAAGCCUUCAAUCGGCAUCAAAGCGCUUCCCAUCUUUUGGUCCUCCGGCCAACGGCAAUAAAAGUAACGCCAAAAAAUCCCGAUUUCGCCCAAAUCGAAACUCAAGGGGAACAAUAUAUCAUUGAUCUGUAAUCCUGAGACGUUUUAGUGCAGUAUCGACCUUGGCCAAGCGUGAUGCAACCGGAUUUUUUAAGGUUCUCUUACUCUCCUCGCAUCUUUUGGUUUCGCGAUAUCGUGUCAAAAAAUCAAAGUUUGGUGCAUGCGCAGUAACGGGAUACUGUUCCUUUAAAUCAUAAUUUCUAGACAUAAAACUGCUUUUCUGUUUUUUUUUUUCCUUGUAAAAACCCAUGAUUCCCUGAAUUGCAUAACAGCUAAGCGAGCAUCCUCUUCGACUUUUAUAAUUACCGAUUUCUUUUACUUCCGAUUUUGUUUUACAUGAUAGGUUUGGGGCCAUUGCUCUUACAAGCUGCCCUUCCUCCAAUGGUUCCUGAUUUUGCUGGACGCCAAAGCGAGUGUGAGGAAAUCAUCAAACAUGUGCUUUCAGAGUCUAUCCGACUGGUGUAUGUCUGGGGUUCACCUGGAUUCGGGAAAACGUCGGUUGCAAUUGCAGCAGGUCACGCGCUCCAGUCUCAAGGACUGCCUUUGUAUUGGGUGUCUUUACGAGGACUGUAUUCUAAAGCGGACCUGACUUCAAAGUUCCUUAGCUUUCUUAGGCAACCCACUAUAAAUAACCAACCAUCCGUUCAGCAUCUAUCCAUAGAUGAUGAGCUUUGCCAACUAUUCAGCAAACUUUUAAAGCCCUCGGUAUUUAUCCUUGACAACGCCGAUGAUUUGCUAGAAAGUAGUUGCCCAAAAGUGAAAGACGAGGUCCUACAACUUCUCGAAGAAAUUUGCAGGCAAACUCAAACGGUUAAAUUCAUCGUAACUACUCGGGAGUCUCUUGAGUUUAUGGAUCUGCAUUUUCAAGGCCAUAAGGGCUUAAGAAUAAAGCCACUGGAAGAAGCCUUCGCUCAAACCUUAGUUUCUAAGUUGCUUCCGGAUAUGAGUGCUAAAAGCUGUACACAAAUCACGCAACUAUGCGGACAAGUUCCGUUAGCUAUAAAAAUAAUGUGUUCUUUAUUAUCUGAAGAAGAUAGCUCUCAAUCACACCAUUUUCUAAAUGACCUCAUGACUUCCUCUCAAGCAAGCGUCGUUGAAAUGCUGGACAAUCCAGAUUACCCAACUACUCACCGAUUACAAUUCUUGUUCGACUCCUCUUUUCAGAGACUAACUGCACAGGAUCAAGAAGCAUUGAUAUCUUUGAGUAUUCUUCCCGAGAAUUUCAGUACUGAGAUCGCUGUAGCUGUUUUAGGUGCGACGAGUAUUAUCAAAGCCAAGAAGAUAUUACAAAGCCUUCGCAGGAGGUCGUUGAUUGAUUCAAGCUCUAAACCGGGGUCAUUCACAAUGCACAAGCUUCUACAAUCAUUUGCGAGAGAAAAGGGGGAAAACAAAAUGAAAGAGACCUUCAUUAACUCAAACAGACGUUUAAACACGUUUUACGUUUCACAUUUUGAGCAGCUUAACAAACAGUUUCUCACCGGACAUUCAAUGGCAGCAUAUCUUGCAUUCUACGAAGAUAAGAAGAGCAUCAUCCAAAGCUUAACAAGGAGCUGUUCUGAUUCGGAGACAGCUGACACUACUUUUGACAUAUUAGUGAAAGGAGAUUUGUUUCUUGACUCGCUUUUUUGGAAAGAAGGAAAGACCAUUGAUUACAUAUACGAAGCAGCCAUACAAGCAGCCACACUGCAGGGGAAGGAUAAAUACCUGCGACAGUUACUAACUUCGAGAGCUCUUGCUGAGGUCACCUGGGGACCAACCGGACGCACAAAACAGUUUUUGUCUAAAGUGAAUAAAAUUCAAGUUGUGUCUUCCUUUGUUUCCGACCAUGAAAAAGGAAAAUACUUGUCUUAUCUGGGAAUCUAUCACUUUGCUGCAGCAGAAAUUAGCACUGCAGUCCAAUGCUUGAAGGAUGCUAUGUCAUAUCUGGUCAGUUUCAACGAACCGGAGCAAAUAAUUUUGAAGCUUGUUAUUUUUGAGAUACUUGCCGUUUAUUAUCAUUCGCUAAACGACUUCUCCAGUGCAAAUUAUUUCUAUUACAAGGCGCAAUACCAAUGUACAUUAGUGGAGGACCGGCAGCUACUUAUUAUCCCGUCAAUGAAAAGCGAAACAAAGGAAUUUACCCAUGAAGAACCUUCUAGAAUCUUGCGAAAUGAACCACUAAAAUGUCAAAUUGCCUUUCUAUUAUGUAAAGCAACAAAGACUUUUGCUGAUAGUAACACGAAGCAAUACAUAAACAGUUCGCUUCUCCAAAUGGUAGAGAAUGUCGAAAGACAGGAUCAAAUUUCGCUCGGUCUGCUCACUUUUCAUAGAGUUGUAACAAACUUACUGUGGGAUUUAAGUAGUGAAGACCCUGUUAAAUUGUAUGCGAUGAGAAUUAAUUACCAUCAAGCAGCAAUCACACAAACGAAGGAAACAUCCAGCAAGAAUGAAGAUUUUCAGUGUGUUACUCAAAUGCAAAAUGAAGCACUUGCAAAGUGUUUCUUAGACCUGGGUGUAGCUUACGUACAAAGAAAGAGUUAUCUGGAAGCUCUUCAGGAAUUCCAGAAAGGGCUUCAAAUGACAAAAGAGCUCUUUGGAGACAAACAUGAACUUACUGCUGACAGCUACUUGCUACUUGGUGCAACACAAUACUUCAUGCGUGAGUACAAAGCAGCCCUUCAGUCUUUUCAGCGUGCAUUAGCAAUCCGUAUCAAACUGCAAGGAGGAGAAGACGAAAGUGCUGCUGAUAUCUACGAGGAAAUCGGUACAACACAACACAGCAUGCACGAUUUUUCGUCAGCUCUUCAAUCUCUUCAGCGUGCAUUGGCUAUCCGUAUUACACUGUUUGGAGAUGUACAUGAA